ACAAGGUUGAAUUCCUUAGCGUCAAUUUUGACAUAAAUUGUUCGUCAUGUUUACAUCCCCUGAAGGAAUACGCUUGAUGAAUUCUAUGUCUGGAUCAGGCCAAACUUUCAAUUGCACAAACAAUGCGAGUGAUUUCGACCUAGGAGCAACUAAUGGAGACAGAGCGAAGGUUGAGUUUCAAAUGUGUCAUACAGGUCACUUUUUGAAACAGUUUUCCAAACAAUAGUUCACUACCCGUAAACAUAAUAGACCUUAAAAUUGAAUGAUCGUAAUGGACCUUGGUCGAGAUUGAAACCUGUGAUCGAGAAAAAAAAAUUGAUAUAUUGAGUGGAUAAGGAAAAUUUGAAAAAAGGAUAUGCAGUUUUUAUGGGAUGUUGGUAAAGUUUACCUAACAAUGGCGUGACAAAAAUGCAAGGGGUUUUAAUACCUGCCGGCAAAAUGUUAUUGAGAAACAUGAAAAGACAUUUACAAGCUCGACGCCUGCAGUGAUUAUCUGGAAUAAAAUAUGGGAUUAUCCGAAGUAGAAGAGCUGAGAGCGCGGUGUUCUAAGCUUGAAGAGCUUUACAAAGAGGCAGUGAAGGCGAAAGAUGAAGCAGUCGACGAGCGUAACAAAGCCACUGUACUGAUAGCCUUACAGCUAGAGAGAGAGACCGCUGAACUCAACGAACGCAUCGAGAAACUCGAGGAGAAGAACGAUAAACUUGAGCUUGAUAAGGAGGAUUUGGAAAUACGGCUGGAGUUCUCGAGAAACGACCUCAAGAAACUACAGCAAAAGCAUAUUAAACUCCAACUUGAAUCCGAGAGGCACAUCACCGAGCGCGAUGACGCCUUGGAGAAGCUGAAGGAAUUAGAAAAACAGAACACAGAACUCGAAAGACAACUCAAAAUACUAGAAACAAGACAAAGGAGUACCCUUGACGAUAUCAAUGCAAACAGUGAGACGUACAGGGAUGGAAACGGUAAAUCUAACGGAGAGAUAAAAGGCUGUGAGGUGCAGCAAAAAUCCAAGGAGACUGGAAAAAGCGGAUCAACGAGAAUAGACGGGAAAAGUGAAAACGUGGUUGACAACGUCAAGAUGAAUAAGAAAUCGAAUGUAAAUACCACAAACGGAACAAAUGGCUUCAAAGAAGACGAAGAGCUAGAAUUCGAGCCCAGGCCUCCCAUCAAGCUUAAGAAGACGCCGUUGGAUCAGGACUAUAAUGUUCACGAGGAACUGGGGAAAGGGAAGUUUGGAGUCGUGAAGAGAGUGACUGACAAGAAGACUGGUACAGUCUACGCUGCGAAAUACAUCAAGACGUCCGGGGCAUUGAGCGGCUCGUCACGUGACGAUGUAAUGAGGGAGAUUGACAUCAUGUCCCGGAUGCACCACAAGAGGCUUGUGGGAUUGUUGGACGCGUACGACGCCAACAGAAACAUCAUCAUGAUUAUGGAAUUCAUCUCCGGUGGCGAGCUCUUUGAGCGCGUCGUGGAUGAGGACUGCUUGACGGAGAAGGAGGCGGCUUACUACAUGCAUCAGCUGCUGCAAGGCAUCGAGCACGUGCACAAGAAAAACGUGCUUCACUUAGAUCUCAAGCCCGAGAACAUCGUCUGUGUGAGCAAGGACAGCUGGGACAUUAAGCUCAUCGACUUCGGCUUGGCGCAGGAGUACAAGGAGGGAUUCAAGAUGACGGCUCUCAAGGGGACCCCGGAGUUCAUGGCUCCUGAGGCCGCUAAUUUUGAGCCCAUCUCCAAGGCAACCGACAUGUGGAGCGUUGGUGUCAUUGCUUAUAUUCUACUGAGCGGAUUGUCGCCAUUCAUGGGAGAUGACAACAACGAGACGCUCUCUAACGUCAACAUGUGCGAGUGGGAUUUUGAUGACGAGUCAUUUGACGUCAUCUCUGACCAGGCCAAGGACUUCAUCUCAUCGCUUUUAAUCAAGAACGCGAAGAAAAGAAACACUGUCGAGCAGUGUCUCAAGCACGAAUGGAUGAAGAAACAGCAAAGUUCAGAGAGCACCGUGAAGAUAAACACGAACAAACUCAAGCAGUUCUUGGCGAAACGCAGAUGGCAGAAAUCCAUGAACGCCAUCAAAGCCGUACGUCGGUUGUCUUCCAUGAGCAGCCUGCUCGGGAUGGCUCGUAAGUCGAUCGCGCCAUCUCUCGACACCGUUAACGCCACGGAGGCAGACGAAAACGAAACGAACCCAACCGGCGACUGCGCGGAAAUAUCCGACGGGGCGACGAAAAAUGGCGCUAAAACUGAAAAGAAAAAAGAAGCCGAGAAAACAGCUGAGCCCGCCUUUCUCAACGAACUUGAAGACGUCACUGUAAACGAGGGUGAUCCAAUUACAUUCGAAGUCGAAGUAACUGGAGACCCCGGAUGUAAAAUAGAAUGGUUUAAAAACGGAAGUGACGUUGAGGAGAGUGACGUGUUAAAGCUUGUCAAUCACGGUAACGGACGUCACUCGCUGAAGAUCACGGCGUGCGAUGACGACUCGAUGGGCGAGUACUGUUGCGUGGCGAGUAACGAGUCGGGACGAGUUACCACUGCCAGCUAUCUCACAGUAGAAGUUCCCGGGGAGCAACAAGACUUGGAAGACAUUGCUGAAGAGGAAGAAGAGGAAGAAGAAGAGGAAAGUGAACCCGAAGGUGACCCCCCUGUUUUCGUACACGAAUUUACUGAUAUUGAAGUAAAAGAAGGAGAAAGUGUGACGCUAGACGUAGAGGUCAAGGCGGAGCACUACGAGCUUGAGUGGUACAAAAAUGCAGUAGACGUGGUUGAAGGGGGGAGAGUCCGCUUCACCUCAGGGGAGGGGGGUAAGCAUGCCCUGGUGAUAGAAGAGGUGGAGGACAACGAUCAGGGGGAGUACUGCUGCGUGGCGAUGAACGAUGCAGGGCGGACCACAUGCGCAGGGAACUUGACAGUUGCAGAAGAGGAAGAGGAGAGUGAAAGUGAAGAUGAGACAGAUGAAGAAUUCUACGAGGAAAAAGUCGUCAAGCUUCGUAAGGAACACAUCGAGGACUUCUACGCUCUGGAGGAGGAGGUCGGACGGGGACGGUUUGGCGUUGUCCGAAAAUGCGUCCACCUCAAGACAGCAGUCCAUUUCGUCGCCAAGAGCAUCAAAGCGAGGCCGAGCCAGAAAGAGGAGUUUUCACGGGAAAUAGACGUCAUGAACGAACUACGUCACCCGAAUCUAAGCCGCAUCCGUGAUGCAUUUGACAAACCGCGGGAGAUAAUCAUUGUUAUGGAAUAUAAUCGUGGAGGUGAUCUUCUAGAGCGAGUCGCGGAGUCACCCAUGUCUGAGCCAGACGCAGUAGGCGUCGUUGAUCAGAUCCUGGACGCCGUUAGCUUCAUGCACGAGCAUGACUACAUGCACUUAGACCUCAAGCCAGAGAAUGUGAUGUUCAAACGCGAAGGAGGAUCCCGUGUCAAGAUUAUCGACUUUAGUCUGACUCGUAAAUACAACACAAAGGUCGAUACCAAGAUCUCAUACGGGACUGCCGAAUAUGUUGCACCUGAAGUCGUCGCCUACGAUCGAGUCACUCCCUAUACAGACAUGUGGUCUGUUGGCGUAACGACGUAUAUGAUACUCAGCGGUAGUUCCCCUUUCCUUGGGACAGACGAGGCGGAUACAUUCAACAACAUCUCCCAAUGUAAAUGGGCCUUCACCAAAGUGUUUGAUGACGUCACGACUGAAGCUAAGGAAUUCAUCAGCAAGCUGCUUGUCAAGUCGCCAAGCGGAAGAAUGAGUGCGAAAAAGUGCUUGGUACACCCGUGGAUAACUACGGUUGGGAGACAAGGAAAGACAAAGAGGACCUCCACGGUUUCACACCCGCCCACAGAAAGCCUCAGUGACAUCAGCAGUAGCCUGGCGAAGGGUGGGGAUCUCACAAGAAGCAUCUCAAGUAUGGAGUCAUUCCUCAGAUCCAACAGCUCCGACGCGCCGGAAGACGGCAAACAGUCGGUCGACGCAAAAGAGCUUGAAGCAACUCUUCAAAGCUUUCUGACCAAGCUCAAAGAAGUGGAGGCAGAGAGAGCUGAACUAGAGGACCAACUAAAAACUGAAGAAGAGAAAAUAGACAAAUUAGAGGGUGAGAUUGAGCAGAGAGCCACGAAGGAGAAAGACCUUAAGGAGAGAAUGAGAAAACUAGAGAAAAAUAAUGAAAAGCUUGCUAAUGAAGUUAAAUCUAAGAAUGAUUUGUUGGUAAAAGUCGCGCUGUUAGAGACGGAACGCAAACGCCUUGAAGAGGAACUAAAAACUAAAGAGAAAUCGUACUCUAAAAUCGAGGAUAAGUGCAAGAGUAUGAAGGAUAAAUUGGGACAUUAUGAUGAUCUUGAAGAUAAGGUUUAUCGAUACGAACGAGAAAGGAAAAGUUUAACCAAAGAAAAUAAGGAACUAAAGGAAGAACUUGAAGACUUAAAAAUUUCAAAAAAUGAGCUUGAAGAAAAGAAAUUGGGGUUGGAAAAGAAAAAGACAUCGGAGAUCGAGGACUUGGAGAAGGAACGCAAUGAGGCGGAGAAGAAGUACAACAGUUUACGAAAAGAAAAGGAAAAUCUAGUUUCGGAAUUAACGAAGAAAUUUGAAAUGUUAGAGAGACAAAAAAGCAGCUUAGUAGAGGAAAACAAAGUCCUUCAGGAUUCGGUAAAAGACCUUAAGAUAAGAUUAAAAAAAUCAAAUCAGGAUUUGAACAAAAUUACUGAGGAACUGAAAAGUACUCUGGAAGAAAUCGAAAUGGUAAAGAAAAAAGGAAACAAGGAUUUGGAGGAAAAGGUGGGAGUUUUGAGUAAGGAAAAAUCGAACUUGGAGAAGGAGGCGAAUAAGUAUAGAAAGCAGAGGGAGGAAACGCAGAAGACAUGCGAGGAACUGGCGUCGAAACUGAGCAAAGCGUAUGCGGAAAUGGAAAAGAUGAAGUCGGAAAACACUGAGGCAGCAUCCUUAGAAAAACUUCAAAAAGAAAACGCAGACCUCCACUCACAGGUGGAAAAACUUGAAGCAAAGAACCUCAAGUUAUCUAAAGACUUAAAGCUGCGAACAGACGAGAUCGACGAGCUACAAGACAAGCUUGACACACUGGCACUAGAGAACCAAAGACUGUUCGACAUGCAGACCACAACUAGUGAAACGAGUAGCGAAAGAGAAAGCGAGACAGACUCUAUAGAUGGCAGAUCUAACGAACAGCUAGAAGCCAAAGUAAUGCAGCUACAGUCGACGCUAGUGGCACACGAGUCGACGAUAGAAUCCCUCAGCGGGGAGGUGACAGUACUAGAGGAUAAAUUACACAAUGAAACAAGUAAAAAUUCGGAACUGGAGGGGAAGGUGGAAAAACAGAGACAGGACAUCAAACGCAUCAAAAGAGAGAAAUCCGAAAUGGUGGACAAGUAUGAGGACGAGCUGGAGGAAGCGCUUGAUUGCUACGAGGAGAGCAAGAAGGAGAUGGAGCAACGUUUUGAGAAGCGCAUUCGAGAUCUGGAAGUAGCAUCUGCCGAAAGUCCGAAGAAAUCCGAGCGAGUAAUGAGAACAAUACCGCAACUUGACGAAGUCCUUCGGGAACUCACCCGAUUGAACGAAUCACGCCGAACAGAAUCCGACAAAGAGAUCGUUAACAUCCUGAAGCGGAGGAUCAUCCUGUUUGACGAAAUAACAAACAAAGAUAUGGCUUUCGUUUUACAGGAGAAAAACGAGAUCGUCCGCAACUUGACGUCCAAUUUGGAUACCCUAAACGCUGAAAUCGAACAGCUUAAGAGUGCGAGCCAGUUAAUGAAGAGAGAGAAUAAGGAACUCGAGCUCAAAGUCCAAGAACUGGAGAAGUUUGCGAAGGAAAAGGCGGCUAAGUCGUUUGAUCUAGAGUGCAAGUUUGCGAUGCUGGAUAAAGAGAAGAAAGUAGGCGGUGGCAAUAAUGUUGCGCUGCAACGUCGAUGCGAAGAGUUGGAACACGAGAUAAAUGCGCUACGACUUGAAGAAGCAGAGAUGGAGAGGUUAAAAGCAGUUGAGAUUGACUACAAAAAGCUCCAAAAGCAACAAGAGGAUAUUCAGAGAGAGCUGGAGGAUAAGGAAUUACUAGCGGAGGAGAAUAAGUGCUUUGGACAGGAGACCCUCAAGCUGCGAAAAGAGAAGUUAGAGGAGUAUAAACUGUUUUCAAAAAUUGAGAAAAAUAAUGUACGCCUAAAGGAGGAUUUGAAGAUGGUAUGCCACGAGUUAAAUAAGUUAAAACAGGAGCAUAGUAAGUGUAUGGAUCUUUAUAACGACCAAAACUGUGAUAUAAUGAACAAAAAUGAGGAAAUUGAGCAGUUGUCGGUACAAGUUAGUAAGCUGACUGAUCAGCUAGAGAAGGGCAUCGAUAAGUACCUAAAACUAGAGCGAGAGGCAAGCAACUUGAGAGAAGAAAUAGCUGAACUAGAACAGGAAAACCUGGAACUGAACACAAGUUUUAGCAACCUGUCUUUCGAGUUUGUUGGACUUCAGAAUACUUUAGAAAAUAAUUCCGGGAGGAUGCGUAACAACGGUGAAUUCCAAGAAACAAAUUUGCAGAAAAGAAAUUUCCAGGAAGUUGUAUCCCAAAAAAAGGACUCGGGAUGUGAUUGUGUUGAAAAGCAUAGAAAGAAUGACUGCGAAGGUACAAUUUCUUUCUUGAAAAAAGACAUCGUGCAACUGCGUCAAAAACUGGAACUAAAAUCUUCCAAUGUUUUGGGAGGCGUGGAGGGUGCGAGACGGAGGUCAUCGAGUUUCUCGGGAAGAAGUAAUCAUUCAGGUAAAAGUACUUCCUCGAGGUCGGACAAAAAAGAACAGGAGAAAAAGGUGGACCCAGGGCUGGUCUCGUCGACCUUGGAAAGACGAUACAAGGAUUUGGAGAUUGAGAAUAAGACAUUGAAGGAAAGGAAUGAGAUGAAGAGUACCGCUUUGGAGAAGGCGAUUGGCGAAGUGUCAUGUCUUCGACACGAAAUAAAUGCAAAAGAGGCGGAGAAUAGGACGAUAAACGAAACAAAUGCCCGUGAGAAAGAACGUCUACGAAAUCAAAUCAAGACUCUUGAAACCGAGAUUUAUAAGCUUCAGGAGGGGUUGAAAAGUAAUUCAGGGAAUAAUAAUUAUUCGGCUAUUCCCAGUGUUGAGGCUGCAGCCACCUGUAGCCAGACUAGUAUUGAACUACAUUCAACAGCCGAAUACGAUCCCUUAGAGGAUCUAAGCCGCAGUAACGUUAACACCCAAAGCUCUAACGAAAACACUCAGCUCAAGGCGGUGCACCAUCGGAUUCUCACCUGUGUCCAGCGGCCUCUCGAAGAAGCAAAGUUGCCAUGGGGAUAUGACGUCAGUGCCGAUGACGUCAUCCUUGGUAGGUUCUCUGCGUGGGAGAAAAUCAAGGAGAACAUCAGAUCGUUGGUUGAGGAUCGAGAGAAGCUGAUGAAUGAAAACAAGUCCCUGCAAGACACCUGGUGUAAGAUGAGGCUAGAGUACCAGACGGCCAAGGUGGAGUAUGAAGCGCUUAGGAAUGAGAGGGAGGCGUUAGCAAAGGAGUUGAAGCAAGGCUUGCACAGCACAGAGGAAGAGGACAUCACAACCGACACCAGACAGCGCGCUAGAAAUAGUACAAAUAGCACAGAUGAGAAACUUGUAAGGGAGGCACAUAAACUUAAGGUUGAACUCGAGGGAAUCAGGGCCCGGCUUGCGGAGGAUACAAAGCAAAUCGAGGCCCUGCAGGCGCAGAAACAAGACGUGAUGGCUAAGCUAGAUGAGUUAAGACGCCUUCAAGGGGGCAAAACAAAAGGCUCAGAAAUGGAAGAGGAGUUAAACAAUAAGAUGUCGCAAAUGAAGAACUUGCUGGAGUUUGCUUCGAGGUUCGAUGAGAUCGUUAGUGGAAUGGAAGGGAAAUGGAAAGAAUUGGAACAGAUGAGUGGGAUGCAUCGAACGAAGGAGCAAAGCGCGGAGGCGAAGAUCUUUCUGGACGAGACGCGGGAGUUCUAUACCACCAGGCUAGUUGAGCAGAGGGGAGGAGAGGGUGGGGACAUUGAUUGUCGGGGAAAUUUUUAUCGGAUGCUGGCCAAGUUGGAAAGAGAAGAGGAGACUUCGCGAGAUCUAGUGCAAAAGAACAGACAGAUUCAGGAGCUGACGCAGGAGGUCGAAUCUCUCACAGCUAAACUACAGCAAAGCGAGCUGCAUGCAAAGCCUGAUCCCUCUUCCACCAGAAACAGCUCUGAUGAGGCAGACCUCUUAAAGAAGGAGAUCCAAACGCUCCAGAAAGAAAAAGACGAGCUGAAUGCGUUUGUCAAAGACAGCGUGAGGAAGCAGGAGAUGUACAGUGCGGAGCUUGAGACCCUUCGACAAGAAAAGGGAGAUAUGGAGAAGGAGAUAGAAGGGUUGAAUAGAUUCAUCAAGGACAGCUCUAUCCCACUGCUGAGGAGGGAGAUUACGAGGCUAGAGGACGCGGAGAAGAGCUCCAAGAAAGAGAAGGACGAGUUGAAUCUUGAGAUCUCCAAGCGCGAUAGGAAAAUCACUAUGCUGGAAGAGGACAUGACUAAGCGAGAGAAAGCGCGUACAGGAACGCGAGGGAUGCGGGAUGUGGAGGAGGAACUCCGGGAGGAAUUAAAACAAACCAAGGAUAGAGUUGUCACGCUAGAGGCCGAGCUCGAGCAACUAAAAGCCAAGUCUGAGGAGCGCGUCAAAUCCCAGGUGGAUGAAAUCGAGAAUAAAUGGGCUAAACGACUCAGGAAAGAAUGUUCAGAGUUGCAGGCUGAGCUGGCUGAGAAAUUUAAUCACGACAAGCGCGUGUGGCAGAGGAAAGAGAUGGAACUACAGAAUAUGAUAAUCCAGAUGAAGGCCUUGUUGGACAAGCGAGCAAAAGAUGCCCAGGAAGAAAAAAAGAGACUGGAACAAGAAUUAGCUAACGUCAGCAGCGGUAGCCAUGACAACACCCCUAGCCUCGAUUCCAAUUCCUUUUCUGAUGGUGAGCCGCCAUCGCCUUCCACCUCGCCAAGACCAAGUCAGAACGGAGGCACUCCGGAAACCCCGGAUGCAGACAUCGUAGCCAACGGUGACGCCCUAAACGAUCGUGAACUUCGCCGAGUCAGCUACAAACUCACAACCGACGAGUGGUCCCAGCUGGGAACCUUCCUAGGGGUACCUGAGACAGACCUAGCCAAGCUGACCGCUAUCAAUAUGGGGCCCCAGGAAAAAGCCUUCCGCUUGAUGUGCCAGUGGCGCUCGCAAAGCCGUCUGGGUAAGAACCAGCUUGUGUCGGAGCUGGCCGUGGCUCUGGAGGAGAUUGGGCGCAAGGACGUCGCGCAGUUUGUUGUGGAGCAGCUGAUGUCGGGAAAACCCCGCAAGAAAUUCUUCGGAUGGCUCAAAUGACCAGCACCAAGUACACCCACAAGAAAACUAUUAUGAUCUUUAUUAAUAUCAUUUGUAAUAAUGUAUAAAAACUUCGUACUACUUUCAAGCAUUUUAGGCACGGCCUUACCGAAUAGAAUUCAGGUGGUUCCGGUUAUUUAUACUUGGAAUAGAUGAAUGGAUAGCUUUUUUAAACAUCUAUUACGACAGUAGCAAUUUUAGGAAUAAUUUUAGAAAAACAAUUUUGAAUUAUUUUCAAAUAUGUAUAGUAUUCUUGUAAGAAAAAUCAAUAAAUACCCUUUUCUACCC